CUUAACUGUCAGUUGACAUUCUAUUAUAAAAAUUGAACGAAUUAUUCGUGCAGCAAGUAAUUUCAUAUUUAUAGAAUUAGAAAAACAAGUAAAUAUGAAUUCGAAGGAUAGAGAGAUUUCAAAGUCAAAAUUCAAGUUCUUUAUGAAGAAUCCUAAAGGCAUUGCUGGUGUAGCUUGCGAACGUUCCUUGCGUCCCGAAGUAGAACGAGAAUUAAGACCAGAACAAACAACUGCUCAACGUUGCAAAACCUUGUCGGAAUUGCAGUUGCAGAAUAUGAAAUUAGAAGAGGCUUCCAUUAGGGAACUAUGGAAUCUUACCAAGGACUUGAUAAUACCAAAUAAACCGGCAGAAUGUCGCCAAACAGCUUUAACAUUUUAUAAAAGACUAAUUCAUAGCCAAUAUAAGAACUUGAAUUUGUUGCGACAGCAUUUCUUUCUUGUUAUACAGAACCAUGAGGUUGGGGAAGAUCUGAAACAUCGUUUAGAAUUGUUAGACACUUUAACUGAUAAUGGCAAAGACAUUCAAAAUUUCGAAGAAGAGAUUGGCAAAUUUAUGUUACAAUGGAUUCCAGCCAUAACUGAAGCUCAUUUACUUCGAGAAUUUUUGAGUAUUUUGGGCAAUAUCAUAAAAUUCAAUGCUUCACUGUUGGAUAAAGAUAUAGUGGUUGGAAUUAUUCAAAACGCCUGUAAUUUGAGCUGUACUGUUGAAGAAGAUGACAUAGGUAUUCAGUGCCUGACAAUUCUUGAAAUGGUUAUGUGUUACACCAUAUUUCCAAGUGAACCGCUAAGACAAUGUGUUAUUACAUUAUGUCGUACAGUUAAUUAUUCGCCUUAUUGUCAGGCAUCGUGGAAGAUAAUGAAAAACCUAUUAGGAACACAAUUGGGGUAUCACUCUAUGAAAAUGAUGUGCAAUAUCCUUAACGAUCGUAGUGUUUACGGAGACCAGCAACUUUUACGUGGCGCUGUCUUCCAUCUCAACAUGAAUAUUUUUGGUUCAAAUGUAGUUUUUCAAGUGUCCCCAAUGUUUUAUGCAUCUACUGUUCUUACCUGUUUUCUCCAUGCAUUGGAAAGCCGCCAAGUAAUCGUGACGUUCGAAGUAAUUUUAAGUGUAAGACGAGUUAUUAAUUACUACAAAUCGGAAUUAUCAGAGAUAAUAUGGGAUUGUAUUUGUGAUACAAUGAAUGCAAUCUUAGAUAAUAUUGUAUAUUACGAGCAAGUCAGUAUCAACAGGGAUCGCCUUCAUUACUUGCAAAUAAAUUUUCACGAAAAUAUUGAUUGUAUUGAACAACUUUUAUAUGAUGACACCACACCGAUUCUUGCAAAUAUUAAUCGUAUCUAUGACCUGAUUGAACGCGUCUCAGAAAAUCGCACAGAAGCAUCUGUCCUCAAACUUAUAGAAUAUCGGUCGACAAAAGUAACUGCUACGAGACCUCAAUGGUUGCAAGUGCUCAACGAUUUUAUUUGUCGUUUUUAUAAAAUGCCCAAUACGAAUGUGCGCUUAAAAGCAAUCCAAUCCUUGGUUCGUAUUAUGGAAUUAAACCGUUAUAGCUAUGAAGAAGAAAUACUUGAACGUGUCGUCAUUCCACACUUUUCACAAAUUUCUCAUGAGACAGAUUUGCAAAUUCGCGUGUCUGUAGCAAAUGCAUUGGUUGAGUUUGCACGCCACUGUGACACCAAGCGAUGUGGAGAACUAUUGGAUAUAUUGGAAAAGCUUAUUAAUCGACCAUUUGAACAGCAAAUGAUCUCUGGCGAAUUCGUUGUUAAGUGUGAAUCGGAAAUAUUAGAUGUUGUUACGGCAGUCCAUGGGUUAAUUGAGAUAUUUGCUAUUAAAUUACAUCGCUUGCCUUCAACGCAUGCCAUUAAAAUUUUUAACAUACUGAUCAGUCAUUUAGAGCAACAUUAUGAACAUCCAAAAGUAUUCGAAAAUGGUCGCAUUGUUCGUUUUAAGAUUUUCAAGUGGAUCCUGCGUGCACGUGCAAAUGCUUCAUAUCAUAUUGGUUAUCCAGAUCCUGAAAAUGGAGAGGCCAUAAAGUUCAGUGCAUACUUGGGUAUCGAUUCCAGUUUACCCCCUCAAGGAAAUCAACAUUCACGACACCAAUUAGCAUCACAUGAUUUAAUAGCAGGAUCUCAUUUUACCACCAUUUCGAUACGCAGAGCUUGCAAAAUUAUUAUUAAAUGCCUAGAUUCAGAGCGUGAUUAUGAAGUUUUACAGUUGGUUAUAAAAGAGCUACCAAAAGUGUUAUGUAAUAAAGCCCUUAUCCAAGGCAAUGACAUUGAAGCAUUAGCUGUUUCACUAUUCCGCAUUUUUCAAGACGUUAACAAAGCACUUCACCUUAGUUAUGCUCCUACCAGCGAAGAGGUGAAUGCUUUGUUUCUGCCUGCAAUCGCGUCAUUGGUGAUUUACCAUCAUUGUAUAUCAUCACACCAAAUUAACACAUUAAUAUUAGCGCUUUGUUCGGGAAUAUUCUCGGGCACAGCUAAUGUCUGCAUAAAUACACUAACAACGAUGAUUCUUGAAAUGCCUGAUACACUGACGCGCACAUUGGCUGAUAUACUGCUCCAAAUGAGCAAGAUGUCGGAUACAUCUAUGGUUGCUAUACCUGUGCUGGAGUUUCUAUCAAUUCUGAGUCGAAUGCCAAACCAAUACUUUACAAACUUUAUACCACGUCAAUACAUGUAUGUAUUUGCCAUAUCUUUGCCGUAUACCAAACCGAACAGAUAUGACCACUAUACCGUGUCACUGGCACACCACGUUAUUGCUGGCUGGUUUCUAAAAUGCAAGCUGGAAAUGCGAAAGAAUUUUGUUACAUACAUUAUAUCGUCGAUUCAAUCAAACGCGAGCAUGUUAUAUGAUGACAUUGAUAAAUUUAAGCACAGCAUUCAGCGCCAAGAUCUCAAUAGUUUAAAUGAAGAUUCUUCGAAUCGGAAACGAAGCACAAGUUUGACGGAACGCGGUAGUCGAAAUACAAAUGUACGAAACGGUUCUGAUAUGCGACCGCCAAUCAACGAUAGUCUAAAGAGCUUUCAUGCAGAAUUGGCGGAGACUUGUAUAGAUUUCUUAGCCCGCCAUACCUUUUCGCCAUGUUCAGCUUUACCGAAACGCUUGCCUGCAGUGGAAUAUUUACUAAAAGACGGUUUCUCUCAAACCUGGGUAGUUGGACACAACUUGGUAACAAUUACAACAUCUGGCUGCCCCACUGCACCUAUACGUAACGGACUAUGCGAUCGUUGUUCUCAUAUUGGAAAACAGCCAAUCAGUAGCAGCAGUUUGGCAGCAAGUAAAAGCGAUUCGAGUGGUACGGUACCAUUAUCGCCGGAAACUAACAAUACACAGUCUUCAGCCACUCCAGUGGCAACCGAACGUCGCUAUACUAAAGCAAGUCUGCAAUAUAGUAGCGGAAAUGAAUCUGCAGGUAGCACUGAUCUCACUUCAUCUUCUUCAUCUGCUUCGGGAGCCAUUAGUUCGAACAUUGCUAUAACUCAGCGACAAAUAUCAAAUAGUUCGACCGCUUCGUUAGAGGCUCUUUCGCGUCGUGGCUCUAAUCCAGAGCCCACAGAUGGAGUUGCGGGUGCUGCCACUGGCAGUACUACCUCACUACUGGGUGGGCAUUCACUUUCCACAACAAGUAUAAGUGCUUCUCCAACACAAUUACAGCCAGUGCAGCAGCAGCUUUGUGUCCGUUCUUGUACUGGAUGGGCAGAAAUAUUGAUACGACGGCCCACAGGAAACAUUUCGUGGAUAACGCGCAUUCAGAAUCCCAUAGCAAACGAUUGCUUUGGCCAUGACUUGCCGUUUAGCAACAUAGUUUCACUCUUUUUACCAACAUCUCAUGGUGGCGUUUUUGGGCCAGAUUUCGCACAGUCGACUUUAAUGUCAGAACUGCAGCAAGAAACCGAAAAAUCUGCGGUUGGUGGUAUUUCAAUAGCUAAUUCAUCCAACACAAAUGCAGAUACUGAUGGUGCAGUACAGCCUAUCCUAAGUGCUCCAAUAACUGCAGAUCAGCACGCAACGCCGAGUGUCAUUACAAAGGUUCGAUCUCUGCAACGUCAAGAAGAAAUUUCAUCGUCAGCAACAGCAACUCCGUUGGGUUCAUCGUUGAGUACCGCUGCUAUCGACAUACCCAAACCAUUGGCAAGUAAACGUAUUGGCGGAAGGGAGGCACUGGCUGAUAGCGUAAGUGAUGGAGAGGCCGAUGAUGAUACGAGACAAUUCACAGAUGCAUUAUCCCGUGCGCGUAAUCCUGUGCGUCGUGUAAAUUCAAGCCCCGAGAUGAGUUCCAGCUGGAGACAUACUUUCUUGGCAGCCAAGCCAGCACCGCUGUCGACGGAAUCAGCCAAAAUCAAAGGUAAUAAAUAUUCUGCGAGUCUUCAAGGUCUUGAGGAGGCUCAUAGUCAGCAACAGCAGCAACAAAUGCAGCCACAACAGCAAAAGAAAAAAAGCGUACAGUAUACAAAAGAUAUGAGAGUUAGCUGUGAGGCGAUCCCAGAAGAAAUUGCCGGAUCAACACCACCGCAGGCGCAAUCUGCCGAUGCACAAGCAGUUGCAUCCUCGGGAGUGGUGGUAAAAGAGCUUCUACCAUCUUUCUCGGCCACUUCCGUAGCAACAGCGCCACAAAAUCUAUUGGCAAAUAGCUCUGCGAUUACAGCAUUGCCCCCCAAGCAACAUUCAGCCGAUGAUGUUAGUAUUAGCGCUAGCAUGCCAAUUACGUCUGUACAACAAUCGACAUCCAGCUCGUCGUUGAAGCUGAAUGUGGAUUUAGAAAAGGUUGUGACAAAACCACCUCACUCUCCGGUAGCAGCACCGUCACCGCAAUCCCCACGAUUGGACAAACAGCCAACCAACAGUGGCCAAAAGACCGCUACAUUUACUACUAACGCACCAACAAGUCACCAGGGACUUGCUAAAUCUAGCAGCAGCGGUGGAGGUAAUACAAACCUUACAAAUGCCUCAUCAUACUUAGGUGGAGGUACAAGCGAUUAUGGAAAUAAUAGUAAUGGUGACAUGAUGAGAGGACGUUCGAAAACUAUUUCUGUAGUACGUGAGGUAAAUGGCCGUUCUCGACCAUCUACUUCUAAUUUUCGAAGCUUUAACAAUACCUCUAAACCAUCAGUAAACGCUAAGCUGUGUAUGAAUCCGAGUUUUUUGUUCAUGCAACUUUACCAUACAGGUCAAUUACAAGUUACGGAUGUACCCAUCAAAGUUCCCCAAGAGGAAACUAAUGUACUAACAGUACUUGAUUUGGCACCGCCUUUUGAGACACACAAGAUAGGUGUGCUCUAUGUUGGGCAAGGACAAUGUAACAAUGCUGUCGAAAUUCUCAGAAAUUCACAUGGAAGUAUGAGGUACGUCGAUUUCCUAAGCAAUAUCGGCACACUUGUUAGUCUAAAGGAGGCCGAACGGAAUAACUUGUUUGUUAAUUUAGACAGAGGAGGCGCAGAUGGAAAGUUCACAUACGUUUGGAAAGACGAUAUUGUGCAGGUAACGUUCCAUGUUGCUACUUUGAUGCCGACUAAUUUGCAAAAAGAUCCAAAUUGCAACGAAAAGAAAAAACACAUUGGUAACGAUUUUGUCAAAAUCGUUUAUAAUGAAAGUGGCGAAGAAUAUAAUCUAAAUACAAUUUCGGGUCAUUUUAACUAUGCUUGCGUUAUUGUGGAACCAUUAGAGCUGAAUAGCAACCGCGUUUAUGUAAAAGCGCGUCCUGAGAUAUCGAAAUUUGUGUGUCAUCCCGAACCUAAAAUUGUUUCAGAUCACAGUGCACCAUUGUUGGCUCGACAGCUUGCUUUGCACGCGAACCUUGCUUCACAAGUAUACCAAAGCCUUCAGAAAAAAAAUCCAUAUGCUUCCAAUUGGCUGGAGCGCUUACGAAUAAUUAAGAGGCUGCGAACAAAGUUAAUUGAGCAACAAAAUGACCAACAUCAAACUGGAACUUCUGCAGGUGCCGAAGCUGAACAGCAUACAAGCGAACAUAUAAAGAAACAAAACACGAAUCGUGAUUUUACUAAAUACGCUUAAAUUAUUGAAGUCGAACUGAAUAAAUAUACUCUUUUAAUAAUCACAUAUAAUUUAUAUAAUUUGUUUACCGAAUUUGAAAAUAUUAUGCUAUCAGUAUUUUUUUACAAGCACAAAGUGACCAUAGGAUGGCUGUUGCUCGUUACAAUGGAUGUAUAUAAGAUCGAAUACCAGAACGGUUUGAGUUAACUAGAAUUCGAUCAGGAUUAAUAGUUAAAAGUUUAAAUUAUUUGAAAAAUUAUUAUACAAGGUAUCAAUAAAGAAAUAAGGAAUUUUGGUAGAUCAACUUUCGUAAAUUAGUCAAUUGUACGUAUUUUGGUAUACGAUGUCCACCGUGGCAACGAUUCUGCAGAAAUGUUAUAGAAAUUGACAAGAGAUACAAGUUUUUUUUUAUUAAAAACGGACUCUAAUAUAUUUUCGAAAAAGUAUUUCACGUGCUUCACUAAAACUUCCCGCAAUCUUCUAUAAUCCUGACUUCUAUCCGGGAAUUUUAUGUCCAUACAUCUUUGAAUUUAAAUAAAAGGAUUGAGCAGCUCUUGCUAAUUUUUUAUUGACUCGUUUAUUUCGAAUAGAAAAGCUUCCCAUUAGUUAUUUUAUACUUCUUAAUACAAUGUCACUGUAGAAGACAUUUUAAUAUUUAUUAUAUAAUUGUAAAUACUGAGUUUCUUAAAAACACUACGAUUUUAUAUUUGGUGCUACAAUUUCAUUCUAUUUAAUUACACCAUUAAUUUAUUGAUAUUAUUGUAUAACAUUGCUAAAACCAGCAUUUUCUUUGUUAUAUAAUAUUUUUAGAACAGUUUUCACGACUUCGUCUUAAAUUCAAAAUAUAUUUGCAUGUGUAUUUUUCCAUGUAUACAUAAUACAUUAGUAUGUAUAAUCUGCCUUCUUUAUUUGUGUAUGGUUGCUUGAAUAUUGAACCACCCCAGAACUAUGGUGGAGUAAUAAUUGAUUUGCUUCGUAGUGGGGUUUGUUAUUUAAUUAAUUUUUAUAUGUUAUUGGGUAAUAUUAUGCUAAGAGGCAUAGAAAUCCCCUAUACUUAUCCUACAGCUAGCAUCUAUGAAUCUAUUUAGAAAUGCAUUAUAUGGGGUUACCAAAAAGAAAGAUUAUGAAAUAUUUAAACAUGACUGAUGGAAGAUUAUUCAAUGUGCAGACGUUUUUUCCAAUUCAAUUAAGCCAAUUGAAUUAACAUUUGGUCUUUAGCAUUUUCUAAGUUAACGCAUUUGAGAUAUAUCUUAUGGGAGUAGUUAAAGCUGUAAUACUCAGGCCACAUAGGCAAAGUGCACUGUGUGCGUGAAUACUUAUUGGUUUGCGGGGAUAUGGUUGCGGCGGAGUCAAAACGAAUUAUAAUUGAAAAAUUUUAAUCUCCAAUUAUAAUUGUUUCAAGUAAUUAUACUAAUAUCAAACACAUCGAGUGUGAAAUAAAUUUUGCCAUACAAUUAAAUUUGGUUAUGAUAGCUUUUAAUUAACCAAUUACUAUAUCCGUAUUUACAUCUUUAUGUAGGUAAAUGUAUUUGUACACAUACAUAAGUAUAUAAUUUAAGGAUUCUUUUAAUUUUACUUACUUUGUACUUAAUGAUCAAUUGAUGUUCUCUUUACAGUUUCAUGCGCAAAUACACAAGUAUUUACGUACAUACAUAUGUACUUAUAUAAUUAGUCUAACAGUAUUUGUGACCAAUUCUUAUAUAAUUAAAAAUAUUCAUAUUGGAAAGAAGGAAAUAUAAUAUUGGGUUAGCAAGACAUGUUACUCUGGUAUAUUUGAUUGUUCUCGAACAAGCGAUCUCAUUAAGUUUUGCUAGUGCCAAUCAUAUUUAAAAUUUUUAUAUUGAUCAAAAUUAAACGAGGAAAUAAAAAUCAAUUUAUAAGACACAGUUCGAAACUACUUGACUGAAUCUUAUACUUUUUGAAUGUCAAUUACUAUGGUUUUAAAUGAGCUUUGCUUGGAAUCGAAAACUGAAAAAAUACAGUUAUUUUUAAAGCUAUAUCUUAACUUUUAACUCUGACACAUUAAGCUAAUAUAUUAACUUUUAUAUUUGAAAAAAAAGCAAUUUUUUAUUUCAACAACAUCUUUGUUAAUACAAAUCCCUAUUUAUCAGAUUAAUGGUAUAACUAACGAACAAAUUACUACCAUAGUAAUAACAUUAAUUUUAUUUAUACAUAAUGGAAGGAAAACAAGAAUUGCUUGUGAUUAAUAUAUUUUCAAUGAUUAUGGAAUCACAGUACUGAAUAACAUAUGUGUUUGUGUAAGUGCAUAAUUGUGUAUAAAUAUUUGUAUAUUAUUGCCAAUUGGACUUCACCAAAGCAAAGCAUUUUUUUGAUUCUUAUAAUUGUUGAUUUGGUCAAUGCUGCUUCCUUAUAUAUAAAUGAAUACUAGUUUUUACAUAAAAUAUCCCUUUAUAUAAAUUUUAUUUUUUUUUUGGUUAUAACAUUUAUUUUUUUAUUGUAUAAUUUGUAAUAAUUAUAUGAAAGUUAACAAUCUAAAUAAGUUCUUUGCAAUAUACAUAUUACAAACUCUAAUGGCUACAUGGAUCCAGAAUAACAACAGUUUCAAUAGAUGAGCUAUACGUUAAUUUACAAUAAAAUGGCUCACCUAUUUAAACACCAUAAGAUAUUACAGUUUGUAAAAAAUAUAUAUAAAAUACACUGAAUAUAGAUCUAGGUUCACAGCUGUAGGCUUGUGGAAGGACACAAGUGAAAGGAGACUUUAUAUAAGUACAGGUUCGUUAUUCAGGCAUUUAACGCCGUUACGAUAUAUAUUUUUCAUAUUGUACGUAUACUAUAGCUUAACUGCAAUAACUCUUUACCAGCUCAACAACCAAAUAUACAUAUCCAUAUUUUUUUGGGGAUACACGAGUGUAUGUACAGCUGUACAUUUCUUGACAAAAAGUGGAGCUUACUUCGCUACAUAGGUAUUUCCUCCAAUUAUUUUAUCUUCUAUUAUUAAUAUGAACUUACAUAUUUUUUAAUUUAAAAUUUAAAAAAUCGUUGCAUACUUGUUAUUGUUAAAAUAUGGAUGUAUGUCUGUAAUUUACUUUCUUUCAAUUGUUUAUUAUUUUGAUUUUUAGCGUUGCGUUCAUUUGUUCUGAAUUUCUCCAAACUAUUACUACAUUACUUGUAAAUUAUUAUAAUAAUAUAUUUUACUUUAUUUAAAUACAGAUUGAUUUUCACUACAUAUGUAAAUACUAAUAAAUAUUCCCUAGUGUUUUGCUAAUCCCUAUUUGCUUUCAUAUUUAUCAUUAAAAUGUUAGGCUUUUUGUCAAAAAUAAUAUUCUAUAAUAUACAUUGUGUUUCCUACAGUAUUUCUUGUAUACAAAGCUUUCUUUAACAAUAAUGUAACCUUUUAUUUAAUUUAUAUUUAGUUUUUGGUUGGUAUGAUACUUCCGCACGAUUUAAAAUUUAUAAAAUACUAUUGUACAUACGUGGAUAAACUGGUAAGGUAGUUUGUAUUUACGAUAAUACAAUUAAUGUCACUAAUGUUUCUGCAUAUGUAUGUACAUACAUACAUAUGUAUAUACGAGUACAUACAUAUUGUAGGAGUGCAUGCCUCUAUGCUUGGUUGGUAAAUAAAGCCAAACGAUUCUCCUCUUCUGAAUAUUCGCGACAGCAAUACAUUUUGUUUUGUAAUCUUUCAAAUAUUAAAUAGAUAUUGUAAUGAUUGGGUUUGCUGGCAUUUGAUUGCAAACAAAUCAAACAUCGGUUUCGUUACAGGUAGGCAUUUGUUGAGGAUGCUGUUGUUGUUGGCAAGUUCCAUCUAUCAAAUUGUCAUUGGAUAGUUGAAUUGUCUUAGUUUCAGGUCCUGCAAUGGUUGUACUCUCGCUAAUUCCAUGACUUUUAUUUUGAGUAAGCUGCGC